AUGUUUGAUAACCCUCUCCAUGAAGGAAUUCCUCCUGAUGUCCAGCCUGAUGUUAUUGCAUGUGGGCAUCGUAGCACUAAUGCACUCCUCUGUGCCUUUUCUGUUGUUUCAAAGCUGCUGUCUCAGCGUAAACUUGACCUGCUGGAAGAACUUGUAUCAGCAGAGGUACUUCAGGUGCUGAAGGAAAAGAUUUCUUUGCUCCCUGACAGCCACAGGGAUGCUUUAGCAGCUGACAUUGAUGCAAUCAUGUACACAACAGAAGGAGAUGUUCGCAUUUACUAUGAUGAUGAUGGAAGAAAGUUUGUUAGCAUCCUGAUGUGCUUCUGGUAUCUGAAUGGUGCUAAUCUACCUGACGAAGUACCAGGUGAAGCCAAAGUCUUCCAGAUUGUGUUUGGAGAUGAAAACACAAAAGAAAAGAAACAUCUUUUGACAGCAAACUAUGAGUUCCAAAGGGAGUUUACAGAAGGAGCAAAACCAGACUGGACUAUUACACGGAUUGAACAUCCAAGGCUCUUAGAAUAAAUGCCUUCUACAGCCUUUUAUGUACCACUGUAAUUGUUUUGAUGUAACAAAUACUAGACUUUAUUGGGUCUUUUUUUCUCUUCCUGCCCUUUCAUCCAAAAGAGGAAAUUUGAAAAUGAAUUUUCUACAUAUGAUUUCCAAAAAUUCUUUCUGAAGCUUGCACUGUGUUUGCAGUGUUAAAGCAAAGCCUUUGCCCUGGAACAGACUGGUAGAAAUUGAAUUGGUUCCAGUGCUCAUCCAAGGCAUUUAGACAGCACAGUUUCAUUCAGGCAGGUGUAAUGGAUAUGUAAUUUUCUUAUAUUCUGAGGAGAAAUGAUACUGUUUGAAAAUAAACAACACUUAAAUGACUGUUGGCCCUUCUGAGUUACUUUACUGUUUUUCUUUUUUUCCCUAGAGACUGUACAAUAUAUAACUGAAUAAUAUGCAAGAUGAAAUAGAGGUAGAUGGACUUCUUAGCUUGUCUAGCCUCAGCAGUUCAUUUUGAGGUAAUAUUGCUUUUUGGAUAUAUUGAGGUUAAGAAAGUUGGAGCUGCUAUUAGUAUUUGCUACAGGAUUGGAGAAAAAAAAGGCUUUUAGCAUUGCACUGGGAAAAUGGAUCAAACAGAUAUAUAUGUUCUGGAAAAUUUUAAAAAAAAGACAACAAGCCAUUCCUUUCAAUUCAGUAAUAUAUAGUCAAUUCCAAGUUUAAAGAAUUAUGGAAGAAAAAUCAGUUGAAAACAUGAAUUUAAAAGAGGAUCUGACAGUGAAGUUAAAGGAAGUCCUCUGUUUGAAAUGUGUGUUAACGAAAUGACCAAAUCCUUACAAUUAGAUGUUGCAACUGGACAAUUUCCUAGUUGUCAUUUUAUCUCUGGUUUCUGGAACAUGAGAAUCCUGGUGUAAGUAGCUGGAGGCUUUUCUAUGCAAAUCAACAGGAGAUCAUAACAAGUUUCUUCAUCCUCUAUAUUAGCUUCAAAUAUAAAGCUAACUUUCUACCAAGGCAUGUUGUAAACAUUAGUGCAGUGUUUUGAAAGUGUAAAGUGUAAUUACUGUGAUUCACAGUAAUUGUAAUUGAAGGUAUAAAUUAAAUUUCCAUAGUUCAGCUCUUUUGAUCCAGUGACUAAAUGAGAGGAACAUCUAAAGCUUAUCAACUAGUUGAUAACACUUUUGCUGCAAAACACUGUUUUAUUCUUUUGAAGUUGUUUAUGUCUUGUGAGUUGGAGCCAAAAGGGGCAGCAAUUUGAUGUUUGGGGUGUUUUCCCCGCUUCUGAUCUUCAAUUAAAAAAUUAUACUGGAGACUGCAGAUCUCCAACAG